AUGGAUGCUUUACAACCCGUUGUCCAGGCACUUUUAACUGCUGGUUUUGGAUUUUGCCUUGGCUGGUAUUUUCGUAAAGGAAGCCUUGUUCGCAAAGCGCUACCCAUAUCUCGUCGAUUUGUGAAGGGCCCCUUUAAGCUUGUUCUUGUCGUAAGAGGUGAUCUUGGAAUGACGAAAGGAAAGGUGGCAGCCCAGUGCUCACAUGCAACGUUAGGCUGUUAUAAGAAUGCUUUAAAAGCAUGUCCAGAGGUAGUAAAAGCUUGGGAAAAAUGUGGUCAAAUGAAAGUUGUUUUAAAGGCACUUGACUAUGAAUCAUUAGAAGAACUUGAGCUUUCCGCAGAAAAAGAAGGUCUGCCACACUGUCUUGUUCACGACGCAGGACACACUCAGGUUCCUGCGGGAUCUGCAACUGUUCUCGGAAUCGGUCCAGGUUUGCCUACACACGAAUUGCUAACCAUUACUUUUUAG